AAAUUUUUCAAGAUUUUUUAUUUUCUAUAUAUUGACCAUAUUUGAUUCUUUCCCUUCUUUCUUAGUACUAUUGUCUUAAAUUUGCGAGGACUUUGCAUAGGGGAGUGGCAAUGAUGGUUCAAGAAAUGAAGGGUGAAACUGAAAACACGGGCCAGAAUAUCUCUGAUAUGUGCAGACAUGAGUUUCCUACUGGUGGCAACUUGCAGUCCGAGACAUUAGACCCCAAACCUCUCAGUUCCUUUGAGAAUGAAUAUAUGCCAAAGGUCAGGAAGCCUUAUACAAUAACAAAGCAGAGAGAAAAAUGGACAGAGGACGAGCAUCAGAGAUUUCUUGAAGCUUUAAAGCUGUAUGGCCGUGCUUGGCGGCAUAUAGAAGAACAUAUAGGCACAAAGACGGCAGUUCAAAUUCGAAGCCAUGCUCAGAAGUUUUUUUCUAAGGUUGCACGAGAUUUGAAUUCUGUGAGUGCUAGCUCCCAAAUUUUGGUUGAAAUUCCUCCCCCUAGACCUAAAAAGAAGCCUCUCCACCCAUAUCCCCGUAAAGUGGCUGACCUGCUUAUGAAACGAUCAGUAGUUUCAGAUCAGCCAGACAGAUCUUUGUCCACCAAUGCCUCUCUUAAUGACAUGGAGAACCUAUCUUCAACUUCAGUCCUGCCUACGAUUGGUUCAGACACGACUUGCCCAGCAGUUUCAGAACUGAAUACUCAUUGCCUGUCACCAAUAUCAUGCACUUCCAACCCUCCUUCUGGCAAUACGUCUUCAAUGGAAAAAGAUCACGAGGGCAUGACAUCUCAUUCAUUUGCAACAGAAAAUGAAUCACCACCGUCGGUCCAAGAGAUUCCUAGCUCUAAGACAGAGAAUUUAUCACCAUCUUCAAGCAUCAAGCUAUUCGGAAAAAUGGUUCUGAUAGCAGAUUCAAAAAGGCCAUCUACAUUAACAGAAGAGUGUAAUGAUUUCUUCUCAAAAAGAGCCCAUGACGAUAGACUCGUUGAACAAAACAAGAAGCUCCUUGAAGCAAUCCCAACAGAUAACAUGGAAAGUCAGGUGUCGUAUGAGUUGCUCUGCAGUAGCACGCGGACCUGUGAAAGCCUGUACGAAACCAAAGGGAGUUUAAACAAAGAAAAGAGGCGCACAGAUGCAGUUUCAAGAACUUUUCGAGCUGCUGUGAAUCUGUCCUUGGAACUAAGAUUAGUAGAUGAAGGGACUGGAGAUCUAAGCUCCUUAUAUUCAACCAGCAGAUCAUACAAUGAAAUAUAUGGUAUACAAACAUACCCUGGUACUACUAAUGGGUCUCAAUAUCGAACUAACAUUCAGCCAAGGAUGAACAGCAGGGGAUUUGUCCCGUACAAAAGAUGUGCCGAAGAAAUUGACACACUGUCACUAGUAAAUGUUUCUGAAGAAAGCAAGACGAAAAAGAUUCGUGCUUGUUCUUAGUACCCCCUCGCAACAUUUGAGCUUCCUGUUGACGUGUGUUGCAGUCAAUUACAGAUCAUGUAGCACUAGAAAAUGUUUAAGCAAGCUAAAGAUCGGAGAACGGUGAAAUUAUAACUGAUAAAAAAUGUACAAGAUUUUCAGUCUUCAUUGUUUGGAUUUUAGAUUUGCCGAUGUCCCAGAGGCCUAAUGGUUAUGGGAUUUGAUGAUAGUUAGAGUCCUGCAUGCAAUGCCUCGUUUCGCAAAUUUUACAGUCACCAGAGGAACUAGAACUCCCCUGAAAUCGGUUGUGGCGUAUAGCUCCUUGGUUAAUUAUAUACAAGUGUUUGUUUCCGGUA